AUGCUACUAGUGGUUUUGCUGCUGGUACUGCUUCCUCGCAUGACAGGCAAGGCUCACAUUAUUAAAUGCAGGUUUCAGUAUCUUCACCAUCCUCUUCACAAGUAUCAUCAGAAUGGAAAUGUCCUCAUUGGUGCCAUUGCUUCUCAGAGCUUCAUCAUUACCACUUCAAUAAGCUUCACUGAAGAACCCCCUCCAACGUUGCUCGGAGAGUUUGUGGUCGUUCCUAAGAAUUACCAACACAUCCUGGCCCUGGCCUUUGCAGUGAAGGAGAUCAAUGAAAACGCUCAGAUCUUACCCAAUGUCACCUUGGGCUUCCAUAUUUAUGACAGCUAUUUCAAUGCAAAGUCAACCUAUCAUGCCACAAUGCUACUUAUAUCCAGAUUGGAGAGAUUUGUCCCCAAUUACAUAUGUGAUGUGCAAAAUAAUCUAAUAGCAGUCAUUGGGGGACUGGACUCUCACAUCUCCCUUCAUGUGGCAAAUGUCCUGGAUAUUUACAAGAUACCACAGCUCCAUCAUUCCUUGAGAAGUGUCUCAUUUAACAACAGUGUUGGAGACAAGGUUUUCUUUGACCAGAAUGGUCAGUUAGUAGCUGGAUUUGAUAUUAUCAACUGGAUUAGUUCCUCAAACCAAUCUGUAGUGAAAGUUGGGAGGAUAGAUCCUGAGGCUCCUCUAGAUAAAGUGUUCACCAUCAAUGAGGAUGCCAUAACAUGGCACAGCUGGUUUAAUCAGACACGCCCUAUUUCUGUAUGUACUGAGAGUUGCCAUCCUGGUUCUAGCAAGCAAGUGAAGGAGGGGAAGCCAUUUUGUUGUUAUGAUUGCAUCCCAUGCCCAGAAGGGAAGAUUUCAGACCAGAAAGACAUGAGCUAUUGUUACGAAUGCACAGAUGAAAAUUAUCCAACCAAAAACAGGGAUUUAUGUAUUCCUAAGGAAGUAAGCUUCUUGACCUUUGAAGAACCUUUGGGGAUCAGCUUAGCCUCUUUUGCUCUUUCCUUUGCUUUGAUCACAACCCUGGUGUUAGGAAUGUUUGUGAAACACAAGGAUACUCCCAUUGUCAAAGCCAAUAACCGGAACCUCACCUACAUGCUCCUCAUUUCCCUUCUGCUUUGCUUUCUUUGUGCAUUGCUAUUUAUUGGCAAGCCUCGCAAUGUGACGUGUCUCCUCCGACAAACUGCUUUUGGGAUCAUCUUCUCAGUGGCUGUUUCCUGUGUGUUGGCAAAAACUAUCACAGUUGUUCUUGCUUUCAUGGCCACCAAACCAGGAUCCAGGAUGAGGAAGUGGAUGGGGAAAAGACAGACCAAUUCCAUUGUCCUUACCUGCUUACUUAUUCAAGCAGACAUCUGCAUCAUGUGGUUGGCAACCAGUCCUCCAUUCCCAGAUGUUGAUAUGCAGUCAGUGACUGACACAAUUAUACUAGAAUGUAAUGAGGGUUCUGUGUUUAUGUUUUACUGUGUUCUGGGCUACAUGGGCCUCCUAGCUAUUGUCAGUUUCACUGUGGCUUUCCUUGCCAGGAAGUUACCGGACAGUUUCAAUGAAGCUAAAUUUAUCACCUUCAGCAUGUUGGUCUUUUGCAGUGUUUGGUUAUCCUUUAUUCCAUCCUACCUGAGCUCCAAGGGAAAAUACAUGGUAGCCGUGGAGAUCUUUUCUAUCUUAGCCUCGAGUGCUGGGCUGCUGGGUUUUAUCUUUUCUCCCAAAUGCUACAUUAUUUUGUUAAGGCCUGAGCUGAACAACAGGGAACAGCUAAUAAGAAGAAAGUCUUGA